AAUUAGGAGAAAUAUCUCAUAUAAAUUUAUUAUUACUCAUUAUAUACUGCAGGAAAAAUAAACUAUUUGUAUACAUUCUUAUGCAACUCUAAGAGAGUUGAAGUAAGAACUUUCUUAUUUAGUUGCAACAUGAGGAAAUUUCAGAUGAUGUUAUCUGUCACCUCCAGAUUUUUUCAAAGGAUUUUUUCUAGCCUUAAUUAUCCACCUCAUAGGAAUAAACCUUUGCCAUUCCCCAUCGAUUUUUUCCUUUUGGCUCCUGAAUUCCUGACACAGCAAGGUUGUACAUAUUUUACACACUCUUAGUUUAGCAGAGUUCUUUUCUCAGUUAUGUUUUUCUGCAAGAGAAACCCUCCAAAACUACAUCAUAUAUUUAUAUAUUAUAUCUUUAGGUUUCAUUUUUCUAAGCCGGGUUUGGUGGAUGUCUCUGGGGAUUUGUGGUGGGCCAAAUUCUGCAUCUUGGAGGUCGUUAGUGUUUGGCCAAUUUAGUCUGGAUCAGGUGGGGGCAAUCUGCCUUCAUUAGUUUCUCAUUCUCCUUCUGGGAACAGUGUACUAGCUAGGAGAUAUUCUCAUCCUAAAGAGAAAGAGGAAGAACCCCAGUAUGGAAGCCAUCUCAAAUCUCUAUGCAAGGUAUAUUAAUUUUCUGUUCAUCAAAGCAAGCUAAAUUAUUGAACUUCAAGUUCAGGGGAAAAGUAGUCAGUCGUCCUGUGAUGGGAGGUUACUGCAAGAUUAUAUGUCAAAGGGCCUGGUACCCACGAAUACUUAUAAAAUUGCUGAAUAUUUUAAUUAAAUAAUAAAUAUUUAAACUUUAGACUUGAAAUAAACUUUACGAAAGACCUAAUAAUUAGAGAUGUGUUUGAUAAAUAAAUAUUGUUCAUGGGCUGAAAACCAUGAGUGGGAAAAUAGGACUAAUUUCAGCAGGACAACCCCCUGGAAACUCAUUUUAUAAUUUGGAAAUUACAAGAAAAUAAUUCAUUCCAUUCAUAGGUGGUGGGCACAUGUGUGUGUUUGUGCAUUUAUUUAUGAGCUUGUGAAUAAUGAAGUCACACAAAAGUAUUAGCAGCAACCAGAUCUUAUGGAGUACUGGCCUGCCUGUGGUUCUCAAGUAAAUCUUAGAUUCUUUUGAUAAAAGAAGGUUGAAUUCUGUGUAUUUAUAUCUGGCGUUUAAAAAAGACUGUAUAGGUCAUGAUCUUAGUUAUGACCAAGCUCCCUUUAAGAAUUUAGAUAUUUAAUAUAUGAUCUCUGUAUUGGGUUAUAAAACUUCCCUAGCCACCAAAGUUGCUAAAGACAGAUAAUGGAGAGGUUACAGAAGGAAAAAUUGCAAACACUGAAAGUUAAUAUGUCCUUGUUUGCAUACUAGCAAAUAAGAAUUCAGGUUUCAUGUCAACUUCAGUAUGAAUAAUUCCAGCCUAUAACAAGAACAGACAUGAGUGAAUGAGUUAAUUUGAGUUGUUUUGAAAAGAAGAAUGUUUUCCAUAAAGAGAGCAUUGAACUCAUCCGUUAGCAUGCUAUGGUGAUUUCUGGCUUUACAGUGGUCACGACAAUUAAAAGUAAAAAGAAUGGCACAGCAGAUACACAAAUCAGGUACAUAUAGAAUGUAAGGUCAGGAUAUUCAAGCAAUCACAACCUGUGAUGUUAUACCAGCAUUUAAAAAAUUUCUUUCUAUCUGUUCAGACAUGAUAACUUUUCUGUCUAUCACUUUUUCCAUUCUAAUAAUGGUUAUAUUUUUUAUUGGAAAUUUUGCUAAUGGCUUCAUAGCAUUGGUAAAUUCCAUUGAGUGGGUCAAGAGACAAAAGAUCUCGUUUGCUGACCAAAUUCUCACUGCUCUGGCUGUGUUCAGAGUUGGUUUUCUCUGGGUAUUAUUACUACAUUGGUGUGCAACUGAGUUUAAUCUAGCUUUUUAUAGUGUAGAAGUAAGAAGUACUGCUUAUAACGUCUGGGUAGUGACCAACCAUUUCAGCAGCUGGCUUUCUACUAGCCUCAGCAUAUUUUAUUUUCUCAAGAUUGCCACUUUCUCCAACCUGAUUUUUCUUCACUUAAAGAGGAGAGUUAAGAAUGUCAUUCUGGUGAUGCUGUUGGGGUCUUUGCUAUUUUUGGCUUGUUAUCUUUUUGUGAUAAACAUGAAUCAGAUUGUACAGACAAAAGAAUAUGAAGGAAACAUGACAUGGAAGAUCAAAUUGAAGAGUGCAAUGUACUUUUCAAAUAUGACUGUAACCAUGCUAGCAAACUUUGUACCCAUCACUCUGACCCUGAUAUCUUUUCUGCUGUUAAUCUGUUCUCUGUGUAAACAUCUAAAGAAGAUGCACGUCCAUGGCAAAGGAUCUCAAGAUCCCAGCACCAAGGUCCACAUAAAAGCUUUGCAAACUGUGAUCUCCUUUCUCCUGGUAUGUGCCAUUUAUUUUCUGGUCAUAUUGCUAUCAGUUUGGAAUUUUGAGAGACUGGAAAACAAACCUAUCUUCAUGUUCUGCUAAGCUACUGUAUUCAGCUGUCCUUCCACCCACCCAUUCAUCCUGAUUUGGGGAAAGAAGAAGCUCAAGCAGAUUUUUCUUUCAACUUUGUGGAAUGUGAGGUACUAGGUGAAAGGACAGAAGCCUUCAUCUCUGUAGAUUCACGAGAGGGGCCUUGGUGUGUUCUAGCAGAAAGCAAACUGGUGGUGUAUGAAACAUUUUCUAUUUCUUACUGGGUUUUCUGUAAUGUAUGUAUAUGAAUAAUUUACAAAUGUAUACCUAGAAAAGUAUUUUGCCUAAUGUUAGUCUAGAAAAGCAUAUAUGUGUGUGUGUGUGUGUGUGUGUGUAUUUAUGUGUGUAUGAAAAACCGAAGAACAUUGACAAUAACAUGCUUUUUAUUGUUUUUUCAAAGAAUUGUCAAAUUAUAGAAAGCACGACAAAAAUUCCUCAGAAUU